CUGGGUGAGCAAGAAGAAACAGGGAAAAUCCCAGUUCCAGCCAGCAGCCACAUGCCAUUAAAAGAGAACUGAAUGAAGAGAGUUACUCCCAUCGUAGAACAUUUGGGACUUCAGAUACGCUUUACCCUGAAAUCGAGGAAUGUAGAAAUGAGGACCUGUAAAGAAACCAAGGAUGUUCGGACUCUGACAGAAGCAGCUGAUUUUGUGAAAGCCUUUCUUUUGGGGCUUCCUGUGGAGGAUGCACUUGCCCUCAUUAGGUUGAAUGACCUCUUUCUAGAGUCUUUUAAAAUUACAGAUGUGAAGCCCGUAAAGGGAGACCCCGUGUCCAGGGCAAUAGGAAGGAUCCUUGGCAAAGGAGGAACAACCAAACUCACCAGAGAGAACAUGAAACGGACAUGGAUAGUUUGGGCUGAUGUGAAAGUUCCCAAUCUUGGCUCUUUCCAGAACAUCAUUUGCAACCUCUUCCUGGCAAAUCCUCCAUCAAAGAUUUUUGGCAGUAUUCGAGCCAUGGUUAGCCGAGCAGCAGAUCAAUUCUCAUUUCAAUUCAGAGACAUUUUACCUUGA